AUGAGCCAGGCACAGACAGAUGCUGUGUGUCGAUGUGAGCCGUACUUGAGAGAAGCAGUUCUAACAUUUGAUGGUGGCGGCAUACGAGGUUAUGCAUCACUUUUGAUCGUACAGCAGCUCCUACGCCAUAUCCGUACUGCCGAAGGCGAACUUGGAGAGGAACCUGGGAAAGUAUCGAAGCCGACCUCCGGAGAAGAUGAUCUCCCAUUGCCAUGCGAUUACUUCAAUUUCAUGUUCGGAACGAGCACUGGAGGAAUCAUUUCAAUCAUGCUUGGGAGACUUCGCAUGAGCAUCCAGCAGAGCAUCGAUGUCUACGAGAGAUUUGGCACACAAAUCUUUGCGAAGAAACGACCAUUCUUUUUCCCAGGAAGAAAUAAGUACGACUGUUCAGAACUCGAGAGAAUCGUCAACGAGGUUGCUAAGAGGCACUCGCCUAACAACGACGGUUCAGACCCACAGCUUUGGGAUCCUCUUCUCAUCAGUGAGCAGAAUCGUCUUCAAAAUAAGAGAUCAGGAGAUCAACCCGCGCCCUGUCGUGUGGGUGUACUUGCCAUACAAGAGAAUCCCGACAACCAUGAGUACGAAAAGCUUCACCUGUUCCGGUCAUAUUUCAAUCCUACACCCUUCGCCAACACUGGUAAUCUCACACAAUUGCACCUCAACCUCGAUGCUCAACGGGGGUCUAGCAUCCGCAAGAUCGCUCGUGCCACAUCAGCUGCACCGACCUAUUUUCGCUCAGUCAAGAUCGAUGGGCUGAAAUAUAUCGACGCUGGCAUUGAUGUCAACAAUCCUUCCGACGUUGCGUGGGCCGAGGUCGGUUCUAUGCAUCAGAAUCACCCUUUAGGAGGCUGUCCACAUGGAGCAUCGACAGACGGGAUCCGCUUUCUGGUAUCGAUCGGCACUGGGCUUCAGGCCCCUCGACGGAUCACGAGCGGAGGUCUCUCCAUCUUAAAGAUACGGAGUAUUUUCAAGAGAGCCAUCAAAGCAAUGACUGAUCCCGAGCCUAUCCACAGAUAUCUACUGAAAGCAGCAGUUGGCGGGGAGGACAGUCGUGUCUACUAUCGCUUCAAUGUGGACAGGGGACUGGAGAAGAUGAAGCUAGACGACUGUCAGAUCGUCAAUGGUGGUGGAAAUCAUACAUUUGCCACAAUUGAUACAGCAGUCACGAGAUACGUCAACAGACCGGCAGUUGAAAAACGACUCAUACAGCUUGCGAAAGAUCUGGUUCAACACCGCAGACGACGACGAGCACAUGUGCCUGCGUCAGGAGAUCAGCCCCCAAACAUACCCCCACCAUCGGGCGACACAGUCGAGUUAUCGGCAUCAUCACCGAGCAUGGAACCAUCGUCUUCGGCCCAUGAGCUGCAGUCUUAG